AAGUGAUAUACACCUUCAUCUCUGUUAGUAUUCUCAGGUCUAUAUAACCACAUGAUCAUCUCAAAUAAAGUCCAUAAUUAAUGGCGGCCAUGCAUUUUAGUAUUUUAGAGGUUUAAAGGGGUAGAGAUGCAAUGGGUUACAAGGCUUUUCCACCUAUGUCAAUAAUAUUGAGUUGUAGUUGCUUGGUCAAUUGCUUGCCAUCUGAGGUAGCUCAAUUGGUUAGAGCAGCCAUCUUAAGGUCAGAGAUCCCAACUCCCCACUGUCUAGCCAUGCAUGUUUCUUCUAUUACAUUGGUGCCUGUGACCCCUUGGUUCAAGUACUGUUUGUACACUUGACAAUGAGAUAACAGAACCUGGGUGAAAACAGUAUUGUUUUAGGGGGCAACGAUUCAGAAAAAGUAGAAGGGAAUGUAGUGAAAUUGGACUGGGUUAAUCUCCAGCCACCUGGCAGCUCAAUUGGUCAAAGUGUCUGUCUAGAGCUCAGAAGUCUCAGGUUCAUAUUCGGAUCAGGCCAAGCGUUUUCCCCUUACCUGCUACAAAAAUCCAGAGAAGGUGUGACCAAAACAAUAUAGGAUUGUUCAGAAUGCAGUGGUUGACUUUUGACCUGACUUAGCGCUCUUCCAUUUCCCGAAUAGACAUGUCACAGUCCUGCCAAUACACCCGACUUCAAAGGUUCUGCCAAGUGUUCGCCCAGACCCAGGGUAGGAGGCAUUCUAGUGUGGCCGUCAGGAACAACCAGGUCACCUGCUGGAAUGCUUGCAUCAUGAAUGUUAUGAACACCACUGUCCCAACCUCCAAAAUACACAGAUUAUGUAUUCCAUUGUGUGCCAAGUUACACACUUCAUGUAGAAGUUUAGGCCAUAACUCUGGAGGCAAGAAAGACUAUUACAAGAUUCUCAAUCUCAAAACAAAUGCAAGUGCAUCAGAGAUAAAAGAAGCAUACUUCAAGCUGUCAAAAAAGCAUCACCCAGAUCUCAACGAAGGCAGCACCAGUACUGCUGCCUUUUUGGAUAUCUCAGAAGCAUACACAGUGUUGGGUAAAGAGAGCACAAGGCAGGAAUACGACGAUUCAAUUUUCCACAAGAAUACAGACCAGCAACAAAACAAUUUUGACUAUGAUAAAUUUCACAGCCGUGCAAAGUACUGGCAUGAAAGUGAAGCAUAUGGAAAACCAAAAAAAAUGGAUCCAAAGGAUUUUGAUCCGUUAAAUUUCAGUGGAGAAAAUCGGAAAAUGAAACCAGAGGUACCUACAACAGUAGACCAUGUUAUCACCGUGUUUAUGUGUACUUUGGCUGUACUUAUAGUAUGUGGCAUUUCCUAUAGAUUCGGCGAAACAUCUAAGAAAAAUGUAAGGGAUCCUUCUGUCAAGGUGAAAAAACUCGAGUCAGGAGUACUUGUAACUACUGUUGAUCUUACCAAACAAGACAGUGCCAGCCAGCAUGAAAAGAAGAUUUGAAUUACUACAUAACUAAGACAAAGCAAGGAAACUAGACACAUCAUACCUUACCUACUGUAGACAAAAAAGUUACUAAACACAGCAUACCUUACCGACUGUAAAAAGACAAAAAAGUGGCUAAACACAGCAUACCUUACCAACUGUAAAAAGACAAAAAAGUGACUAAACACAGCAUACCUUACCUACUGUA